AUGUCGUCUGCCGGCGCCGCCGGCGGCGGCGCUGGGGCCCCCGCUGGCGCUACCUCCUUCCUCACCCUCACUUACGCCGAUAACGAGCAGUUUCAUUGGGACCUCAACUCCAACUCAGAUGCCAGCCUCCUCAACUUCACCUCGCUGGAGCUCUACUAUGAAGAGGGCGAAACCUCCUUCUCCUCCCUCCUCACCCUGGCCACCGACUUUUUGGAACCCUUUGGCACCUUCAACUUCACUGAUGUCAACGAUGCCCUCACGGCCCUCGGCCUGGAGCCCAUCUCAGGCAACCUAAACGAGACUGACGAGUUAUGGGCGGUGCUGACGAGCCCCAGCGGCGCGCUGGCGGGGCGCUUCACUGACAUAGCAGUGGAAGACGAGCUGCAGCCCACCGAUGAUGUCUUCUUCCUGGCAGACCUUCAGGGCAAUGACAGCGUGGACCCUUUCACCUUUAAUGUCACCCAGGACAUCACCUGGCCACCUAGCCUGCCCCGCAACGCCUCCACCCAGUUCACGCUGUCGGUGGUGGACACCGAGGACGGCAACUUCCUCUACAACAUCUUCCUCACAGACAACCUGAACACCUCCGAGUCGGUGUCCCUGGUGUUUGUCAAGGAUGACGCCAUCGAGACUGCCAUCACCCUCAACGACUUCAUUUGGGAAGAUGCCAGCUACGGCGGCUCGCAAGGAAUCUUCUCCAAGCAGGCGCUGCUGGACAGCUUGGAGUCACAGGGCCAGCUGGAUGCCACCGAGCUGUUCCCUCUCAUCAUCCUCUCCUCCAACGAGACCACCACCUACGGCAUCUCAGGCCACUUUGACCCAGUGUGGAAGUUGUGA